UCCCCCUUAUUAAAUGGAAUUUGUGUCAUUGCAGCUUAAUUAGGUUUUAGAAUAACGAUAUUCGACUCUGUCUACUCCGUAUUUCAAAAAUCUAGUUUCCGUGCUUACUUGGCUAAACAGACAGUCUUAACCCUGGUGUCCGUUAGCUCAAUGGUGUGACGCGUUCCCGUCUGUUAGUCAUGCUUUACGGCUACCGUGCAGCAGCCGUGUGUUCUGUCCUUUAGCUGCAAGAGCAAUGCAUGUAAAACGUACGAAUGUAAAAAAAACAGCAACUGGGUGCGUAACACUCAGACGCACUUGACGUCCAUGUGAUCUGUUCCACAGGCUUUUCGGUGGACUCUGAAAAAUGCCACCAAACCCGCCUUAUAUCCAAGUCAGCUUAAUAGAUGCCAUGUGUCACAGCCCCUCUGCGUAUGGUACCGGGUCCUCUGUUCUCCCCCCAGCCGGAGCACCGUACCGUCCGCGGGGCACUACCGUGAACCAGCUCCAUCUCCGAGACAGGCGGCCGGGGAGCUGUCCAUGAGGUCUUUGCUUGAUAUGGGAUUCACGGACGCGCAGGCAGAGCAGGUCUUUGAGGCGGUGUCGCAAAUCAAGGGAAGGGGCGCCGCAGAGCAUCCCCUGUCGACUGUCACGGCUCUGUUUUUCCUGGGCCUCAACUCCUCCAGUGUGUUUAAGAUUCUGGAGAAAUGUCCCGAACUUUAUCGCAUGAAGGACUCCCAGUUCAGUCAGCGCAUAGCCAACCUGCGGAAGUUGGGUUUAGUCGAAGGCAGUCUUCAGAGAGUAGUGGCUUACUACCCCCAGAUUCUGAUGAUUCCAGUGAAGCAAAUUAAAAACGUGGCCAUGUUCCUGCGAGAGAAAUGCCUAUUCACUGUGCAGCAAGUUACAAGCAUCCUCAGAGACCAUCCGGCCAUACUACAGGAAGACCAGGGCCAGCUGGAGUACAAGUUCCAGUAUGUAUACUUCCGUAUGGGUAUCAAGCAGGAGGAGAUGGUGAAAACAAGGUUGUUCCGAUUCUCUCUGGAGGAAGUGCGUUGUAGACACUGUUUCCUGGAGCGCAGGGGAUUGUAUGACACCCCAGACAAGAAUGGACAGACACGUAUCCUCAACCCCAAAUUGAGCAGCAUCCUUAACGUUGACCUGGACAGUUACCUCACAGAUGUUGCCAAGGCCUCAGUGGAGGAGUACAACGUAUUUCAGAAGAUGAUGGUGAGGGAGUGGCAGGAAGAGGAGCAGCAGCAGAAGGAAAUGACAUCUGACAGUGAUGACGAUGAUGAGGAGGAAGAGGAGGAGGAGGAGUUAGAUGAGGAGCAGGGAGGGGCAAGUGGGUACGUUAAAAGGAGGCGAAAAUGAGGCAAGUUACGGACUCCCAGCAAAUUGGGAGAAAAAAAAAAAAAUCAAAGAUGAGUUAAAUGGGCACCAAAAUGUUUUCCCUAGAAUAUCAGUGUAACUUUUAAAGACUGGCAAAUAAAUAGAUCAAAA